AAGUGGAAGUAGACGUAUCCAAACUCUGGAGCCGUGAACACGACUAUUGUCUGUACUCCCUGGUAUAGCGUGUCUAGUUAUCGAUUGAAUCGACCACAAUACAACGGCAGCACAACAGCAUAGUGUAGAUACAGAUACAAGAACGUCUUGAAGGAAAACAGCUGAACAGAAUACACUUUAGUACGCUGUCGGACUCGGUGGACAAUUGUAGGUGUAGUGCAGUGUGAUUAAGUGAUAACCCUUGACCUACCACAUCUGGAUUAGUACACAAAGUACCACGUACUUCAUAUUUGGAUUAUCUAGUAUCUGCGGUAUCGAAAAUUAGACGCAAUCAUGUUUAGUGGAUUCACAGACAGCACCAAAUCUUCCCUCAAAAACCUUGGCGACCGAACAGCCAACCUUUUCAGCCGAAAGAAGGAUGAAGCCGAGAAAUUGGCUCAGCAAAAAGCCGAAAAUGCACAGAAGAUGGCUGAAGAGCAAGCGCGAAAAGCAGCUGAAUCUCUAAACCAAACCAAGAAUGAGGCGGAGAAUCUUGCAGCAAGUACCGCUCAAGAAGCUGCACAGAUGGCAGGUGAUGAACUAAACAAAGCCGGACAGGCAGUUGAUCGUGGUGUAAACCAAGCGGCUCAAGCUAUUGACAACACAAAGAAAACAGUUGACAAUACCGUCAACCAAGUCUCAACAACAAUUGAUCAGACUAAACAACACGCUGCACAGAUAGCUGAUAACGCAGCCCGGGCCGCAGCAACUGCUGUUGAUCAAACCAAAAAGGCAGCCAAUGAGGCAGUUAACAAAACAGUUCAAGCUGCUGAGCAACAAAUUGACACCCGUAUGAAGCAAGCAGAGAACACCAUCGACGGAGCCAUGAAAGCCACCAGUGAUGCCGUCGAUCAUAAGAUGUCCGAAGCCAAUCAAUAUGUUGAUGGAAAGCGCCAGGAACUUGAAAAGACUGUCCACGACUCAGCAGUCACUGCCCAGGACUCUGCAGCUGGGGCAGCAACAAACCUUCUAGGCAAACUCCAUCUUGGAAAUCAAUAAAUCAGAAAUCAGACCAUUUGGAGUAGCAAUGGAACUUUCCAUCCGUGAAAAACAAAAAUAAUCCUUUAUCCUUUGGAAAAAAUUGCCAAGAAAUUAAUUGAGCUGAAAUAGAUCGUCGAAAGCACGUGACUGCAAUUUUAAAAUAUUCCUAGUCUAGAUACAAUCUAGCAUCAAAGCUUGCAUCUAAAACACUAAACUGGAUCACCGUUGAUAGUUUUCACACAAACAAAAUUUUAGGCGAAUCACGGUAGAAUCACGACACAUCAUACGAACCUAACACUGUCCAUGAACAACCUUUUAAUUUGGAUAAAUUGAUCCCUGCAAGAAGAUAGAAACUAAGACGCUUUGCCUUAUGCUCGGAAAAUAGAACAAAAGAACAAAUGAAGAGGCUGUAAAGGCCUAAACUGACUAACUCUACUCUAUGGAAACUUUUUAUUAAAUUUAUUUUAUAUCGAACAAUAACAAGAUAUAUUUUAUGCGUUGCCUCUUAGCAGCCUAAUAUAUAUAUUUUUGUACAAAGAAAUGUGAAAAAAGGUUUAAGGAGAGAUCAGUUCUUUCUUAGGAUUCACACGUAGAUAACAGUAGAAAACAAGGAAACAACUUACUGAGAAUUUAGUGUUUUUAGGUGUGUUUAUCACCUUUGAGCAUCAAAGAUGAAUAAAAUAGGCAAUCAGAGUUAUUGAGAAAAUAUGUACUAGUUGGACCCAGUUAAUGCGUUAGUUACUUGUAUUUGUUUGAAAUGAAACAGGAAAAAAAAUUCUUUGCACAAUAUUAUGAAUCAACUUAUAUAUAAAUUUAUAUAUUAUUUCUCGUUUGUAUUAUAAUUCUUUUGUUAUAAUUCUUAGAUCGUAAUUUAUUUGUAUGCUCUUUUACGUAAAAGUAAAUAAAGAAUAGCGUUUGCUGUUGAA